AUGUUACCACUUUUGAAAAAGAAUCAUGUAUUUAAAUUAGAUGAUUUAUGCUUAAGUAUGCGUAAUGAUUUAGCAAAAAUGAUUCAUAUAAAUGAAGAUUUCAUAUUGAACGAUGAUGAUCUUGAUUUUGAUAGUGAAUCAGAUGAAGAAACAAACAAUGAUUCAUCAACACUAGAUGUAGAUAGUGAAGGUGAAGAUGAAGAUCGUGAAACAGAAACUGAAAAUACCAAAUCAACUAAAGAUGGUUAUGAACGUAUGAGAAUUUAUUCUACCAAAGCUGAUAAAGAUAAAAACAAAUUUUUCAAAAUUGAAAUUUCUGGAAAGGAAAAAUAUAUCCAUAAACAGACAGCUAUUUGA